UGUGUGUGUGUGUGUGUGUGUGUGUGUGUGUGUCGGCCUAGUGCCUAGUGACGUAGACUGACGGAAACAACAAUAGCAGACUGUGAGCGCGUGAGAGAGCGGAUCAAUCAGCCGAUCACGGAUCGAUCAGGAUGGCGUUCCAGACCAAGAAGAGCAACGCGAGACCCGCGGGUGACCGUCUGAUCAUCAAAGGAGGAAAGAUCGUCAACGACGAUCAGUCGUUCUACGCAGACAUUUACGUCGAGGAUGGAGCCAUCAAACAGAUCGGUGAGAACCUGAUUGUCCCAUCCAGUGUGAAGACGGUGGACGCGUAUGGUCAGCUGGUGAUCCCCGGAGGCAUUGAUGCCAACACCAACCUGCAGGCGCCGCAGAAAGGCCAGAGCCCGAUCGACGACUUCUACCAAGGAACCAGAGCUGCCGUGUUCGGAGGAACCACCAUGAUCAUCGACCACGUUCUGGUGGAGCCGGGGGUUAGUUUACUGUCAGCGUUUGACCAGUGGAGGGAGACGGCGGAGCAGAGGGCGUGCUGCGACUUCUCUCUACACCUUGACAUCACACGCUGGCAUGAUGGACUGUACGAGGAGCUGGAGACGCUCAUCAAAGAUAAAGGUGUGAACUCCUUUCUGUUCUUCAUGUCCUACAAAGACAAAUACCAGAGCUCCGACUCUCAGCUCUACGAGGCAUUCGGGGUCCUCCGGGAUCUUGGAGCCAUCGCACAGGUCCAUGCAGAGAAUGGGGACAUCAUCGAUGAGGAACAGAAGAAGCUUCUCUGCCUCGGCAUUACUGGACCUGAAGGACAUGUUUUAUCACACCCUGAAGAGGUGGAGACGGAGGCAGUGUAUCGGGCCAUCACCAUUGCCAAACAGGCCAACUGUCCGCUGUAUGUUACCAAGGUGAUGAGCAAAUCGGCUGCUGAUGUCAUUGCCAAAGCCAGGAAGAAAGGUAUGGUGGUGUAUGGGGAGCCAAUCACAGCUGGUCUGGCAACUGAUGGCUCUCAGUAUUGGUCCAAAGAUUGGGCCACAGCUGCUGCCUUUGUCACGAGCCCACCCCUCAACCCUGACCCUUCAACUCCACAGUACCUGACCUCUCUGUUAGCAUGUGGGGACCUCCAGGUGACGUCCAGCGCUCAGGCCAGCUUCUCUACAGCUCAAAAAGCCGUCGGAAAAGACGACUUCACUCUGAUUCCAGAGGGAACCAAUGGGAUUGAGGAGAGGAUGUCUGUGGUGUGGGACAGAGCUGUGACUUCGGGAAAGAUGGAUGAGAACGAGUUUGUCGCAGUAACAAGCACAAACGCUGCUAAACUCUUCAACAUGUACCCACGCAAAGGACGGAUUGCUGUCGGAUCAGAUGCUGAUAUUGUUGUCUGGAACCCAAAAGAGACGCAAACUGUUUCUGCAAAGACUCACAACCUGACGGUGGAGGUGAACAUCUUGGAGGGUUUGGAGUUUCGAGGUGUGGCUUCAGUGGUGAUCAGUGGUGGUCGAGUUGUUUUGGAGGACGGAAAACUCAACGUGACUGAAGGUUCAGGGCGCUUUGUCCCCAGGAAGGCUUUCCCCGAUGCUGUCUACAAGAGGAUCAGAGCCCGCAGCAAGAUGGCCGAAGCUCGUGGGGUCCCCCGUGGAAACUAUGAUGGUCCAGUCCAUGAUGUCAUCGGUAUGACUAAAUCGGUCCCGUCCACUCCAACCACCAGAGGGCCCCCCUGUCCAAAAACCCAGACCGGCACCCGAAACCUCCACCAAUCAGGAUUCACCCUGGCAGGAGCUCAAGUUGACGACCACAUACCUCGUCGCUCGACUCAGAGGAUUGUGGCACCACCUGGUGGACGAUCCAACAUUACAUCUUUAUCUUAACAAGCCAAACCAUACUACAAGAAUUAGUGCCACACCCUCUCAGAAGUACUUUAUGAACUACUGAUCCCUACUCCAACCUCACAUCCUAUGACAGUAUUAUUUCAACUAGUACUAAACCUUAGUACAACCCCAAAGCUGAUGUUAAACCACACCACAACACAAAUACUCAAACAGUAAAGUAGUAGUGAACUCUACAAACUCUGUAAAUGUUUAACUCAUAACAAACCCUACAACCUAAGACCUUUAACUAGUAGGAAGUCUACAGUAAUCCUACAACUAUUGCAACUACGACUGAACCCUGUCACAACCUUACAAACCCUGUAACAAGCUUACCGUCAGCCUUGCACCCUAGUACAGUAGUACUUACCAACAACAACCCGACAGCUAGUACUAAACCCUACAACCUGAAACCCCUAUAGUACUAGUUUGAACACAGUAACAGUAAUUAAUAGUACUUAUUCCUACACUAAUAGUAUUCCAACUAGUAGUUCACUCAAUAACUCGGCAAGUAGUUAUAAACCCAGUGAGUACUAAAUCUGACAAUAAUUGUACUUCUGAAAAUGUCAAACCCAAUAACAAUCAUCCAAUUACUAAAGCAAUAGCACUCCAGGUAGUACUAAAUCCUACAACAAAGGUACUACAACACUACAACUAAAACCUGCUUACUUUGCCGGACUAAAUAAAGGUAUUUCAACCCUACAAGUACUGACCCCUAAAAAUACCCAACAGCUAGUAUUAAAGUCUAAAUUCUAAAGUAAUGGCAGUACAAUGCUACAACUACUACUAUUAUUAGUAUAUAUUCUAUACUAUUAUAGUACUGCAACAACAAGCAUUAAACCAUUAGACAAAUACUAAAUUCUUAAAUAAUGGUUGCUCAACUACAACCAAUGUUACAAUAGUACAUGAAACUCUAAAACCAGUACUUUAUCCAUUAACUACUACUUUAUCCUAUGAGAGUAGUACCUCAAAUAGUACUAUACAGCAAUCCUACAGCUAGUACUAAAUCCUGCAACAAUGGUACUACAACUCUAUAAAUUACUUUAAAUCUGACUACAACCUUACAAAUCCUGCAACUACCCUAUAAAUAGUACUGAAUGUUACAACAGUGGUACCAUCACAACCUGACAUUGAGUACUACAUUCUACAAGAACAAUACAUGUACUGACUGAUAUCAGUCACUUGAAGUACUCUGAAUGUGAACAACACUUCAUCUCAUUUGUCCUAAAAGUGACCACUUCAUCAAGUUCUCUCAGCGCUGUAUCUCAGUUCACAUCCCUCUGUUAGUACUCUUCUAUGUAGUACUCUCUUCACUCUGUUUACUUCCUGGUGUAGUGCUCUAAUUUCAGCACACAGUUGUCUCAAUUCAAGUAUGGCUAUUGUGAACUUCUUGAUUGAGAGAUGAUGAUGGCAAUAUUUUACCACCUCUUCUUCACUGAAUUUUGUAACUGUGUGGAAAAAAGUGUCCAGAGUUGAUCACUCACCAUCCAGUUCAUUACAGUGCUCUGACAGGAUGGACACACUGAUAGACUCAGACAGAGGAAGUCUGGAAUGACGAGGACUGAGACACAACAUUUGUCUGUCAGUACUUAAACAUACUUUCUGUUUCGUUAAUAGUGAUGUGAAUACACUCAUUCUGCUCGCCGUAAAUUCAAUUAGUCGUUAAUAUUAACUGUAGAUCUCUAAGUCUAAGAUAAGUCUAAUUUAAUUUAAUUUAAUUUAAUUUAAUUACAUAAGUCUAAUUUAAGGUCUUUUAUAAUAGAUUCUAGGUUACUCCUGGUCCCGGUCCUGGUCCAGAUAACUGUUAUAUCUUAGAAGAAUAUAAGUACAUGUUGUUCUGUCCAGUGAUCAGUGUUUCUGUUGGACUGAGCGAGCCCGUCAGACUGACAUUAGACUCUGUGUGAACUCAAACUGAUAAACGGUGCUAAUAAUUAAUCCAGUGGUAGCCUGUAAGUAGCAGUCCCUUCUAUGCCACGCCCCCCUACUGUAAGUGAACUAAUUCACUCUGCCCACAGCAAUACCAUGGGUGUGUUUAAAAAAAAACUCACUUACUCACUAAAAUGGCGUUCACUCGUUUUAAUGUGAACUUUUUAUCCAGCACGAGCAACCUGUCAUUCUCCUGCUUGGCCCGCCUACGCAGAGAACAGAGCAUGUGGAUUGGUCGAUUUGCAGCAUGAUCUCAUUGCUGCAGAACAAGCACUUCAUUAACCAAUCCCUGAGCUCGAUUUAACACCACAAUCUUUCACAAGUACUUCCAUGGUCUGACCUCUGACAGUGGUGAGACUUGUGAUGUCACAGCUACAGACCCCUCCCCUUCCUACUCUGUGAUCUCUGAUGGGAUUUUUAACUUUUAAUGUGUUUGAUCUGACCACUUUGUAUUUUUUACAGUUUUUCUAUCCUGCUAAUAUUAGCAUCAGUGAUCAUAAAACUCACAACAGUUCAGCCAGUGAGCAUCACACCACAGCCACGUUGGAGCCAGGCUGUUGCUAAGGUAACAGCAGAUUCUGAUGAAGAAUAAGAACAGAAUAUUCCAGCUAUGUCUGGCUCUAUCAUGGCGUCCUUGUUGAUUAGAUUUGGCUCAAACAUGGUGGAUGCGUUCCCUCAGGCUGAAUUGUUUCUGUAGCCGUCAGUUGUCUUUAGUCCUCAGAUGUUGGAGCCAACACUCUUCUUCUACGCAGCGUUUAUGUGCAGACAUGAAGUGUGUAUGUGAGGGGUUACCAUGGUGAUGAUGCAUCUGUUGUUGUUAUUGUUGUUGUUGUUGUUGUAGUGAAUUUCAAAAUGGUUCCUGUUGUGAUGAGAGCUGCAUGAAUAAAGUGAUGACAAACAGC